AUGAAACUCUUCCUUUUACUUCUUGCUUUGUGCACCAUAGCACUCGCCAACACCGUCGCAAAACGAGUUGUUGCGGUUAAGGGAACUCUCGUAUGUGGAGGUAAGCCUGCUGCAAAUGUGAAAGUUCGCUUAUUCCGAGUGAAACAAACGAAAUCAGAUGAUCUGAAUCAAAUUCUUGAUGAGUCCUUGACCGGACCAUCUGGUAUGUUUGAAGUAGAAGGAAACACGAAUGGAUUUCCCUUGAACGAAACUGAUAUCACACCAACAGUUAGCUUUUAUCACAGCUGUGAUGAAGAUGCUGCUAAAGUUACAAAGAACGGGUAUCGCAAGUUUGAUUAUAAUGUUCCCUACGAUUAUGUUACUUUGGGACAGAAAGCCAAGAAAACUUUUGACAUCGGAACCAUGAACUUGCAGGUCUUGUUCCCAGGAGAGAAGCAUGAUAAGAAAUUCGUAGAACGUAAUGCUCCAAAAAAACAAUAG